AUGGCCUGGUCUCCCCGCCGCUCCGCGGGCCGGCGACUGCAGCUGCCCCUGCUGUGCCUCCUCCUCCAGGGCGCCACCGCCAUCCUCUUUGCGAUCUUUGUCCGCUACAACCGUGAAACCGACGCUGCCCUCUGGCACUGGGGCAACCACAGUGACGCGGACAAUGAAUUUUACUUUCGCUACCCAAGCUUCCAGGAUGUACAUGUCAUGAUCUUCGUGGGUUUCGGCUUCCUCAUGGUCUUCCUGCAGCGCUACGGCUUCGGCAGCGUGGGCUUCACCUUCCUCCUGGCCGCCUUUGCCCUGCAGUGGUCCACGCUCAUCCAGGGCUUCUUCCACUCCUUCCGCGGUGGCUACAUCCUUGUAGGCAUGGAGAGCAUGAUCAAUGCUGACUUCUGUGCUGGGGCCGUGCUCAUCUCCUUUGGGGCCAUCCUGGGCAAGACUGGGCCGGUUCAGCUGCUGCUCAUGGCCCUGCUGGAGGUGGUGCUGUUUGGCCUCAACGAGUUUGUCCUCCUCAGUCUCCUGGAGGUGAAGGAUGCAGGAGGCUCCAUGACUAUCCACACUUUUGGUGCUUACUUUGGGCUGAUCCUCUCCCGGGUCCUCUAUAGGCCCCAGCUGGAGAAAAGCAAGCAUCUCCAGGGUUCCGUCUACCAUUCGGACCUCUUUGCAAUGAUUGGGACCAUCUUCCUGUGGAUCUUCUGGCCUAGUUUCAACUCUGCACCCACCGCCCUGGGGGACGGGCAGCAUCGGACCGCUCUCAACACAUACUACUCCUUGACCGCCAGCACCCUCAGCACCUUCGCCUUGUCAGCCCUUGUCGGGGGGGAUGGGCGGCUGGACAUGGUCCACGUGCAGAACGCAGCACUGGCCGGAGGGGUUGUAGUGGGGACAUCAGCUGAAAUGAUGCUGACACCCUUUGGGGCCCUGGCAGCUGGCUUCCUGGCUGGGGCCAUCUCCACACUGGGGUACAAGUUCUUCACGCCCAUCCUUGAGUCCAAACUCAAAAUCCAAGACACAUGUGGCGUACACAACCUUCAUGGGAUGCCGGGGGUCCUGGGAGCCCUCCUGGGGGUCCUUGUGGCUGGGUUGGCCACCCAUGAAGCUUAUGGAGAUGGCCUAGAGAGUGUGUUUCCACUCAUAGCCGAGGGCCAGCGCAGUGCCACGUCUCAGGCCAUGCACCAGCUCUUCGGGCUGUUUGUCACACUGACAUUUGCCUCUGUGGGUGGGGGCCUUGGAGGGCUCCUGCUGAAGCUGCCCAUCCUGGACUCCCCACCAGACGCCCAGUGCUAUGAGGACCAGAUUUACUGGGAGGUGCCUGGGGAACAUGAGCAUUUAGCCCAAGGAUCAGAGGAAACAGAGACUCAGGCCUAA